UGGUUACUCAGAAAAUCUCCAAGAAAAUCUCUAGGAAUUUCCCGAUCGAGAACCAGUUUAUUUAUUUAUUUCUAGGAAUUUUCUCUGCUUAAUCUCCCAAAUCUUGGAAAUUAGCAUCUGAUGCCUUAAUAUAAGAGCAAUUUUUUUUUUUUUUUUUAAUCUAUCUCCGCAUUUAACACCAGAUUCAAGCUGUUUUUCUUUUGUUUCUUGAAUAGGCUUUUUCCCCCCCCCUCCCCUAAUUGUAGGGUUUCUUGUUUAAUUUUUCGUUUCUCUGUUGAAUGUUGUUUAGUUGAACAGUUUUAUCGAAGAUUUAUAUUAUUAAUUAGGUGUAUUGAUUAGAGCUAGGGUUGAUGGCUGAUCGGAAUUUGGCCGUUGUUAAACCGGUUUGGAUGAAGCAAGCCGAAGAGGCAAAACUGAAGAGCGAGGCCGAGAAAGCUGCUGCAGCCAAAGCUGCAUUUGAGGCGACGUUUAGAGAUUUGGAGAAAACUCACGAAAGGGGGAAUGUUCAAUCGGAUAGUGAAUCUGAUGAAUAUGAGGAUUUGGCGAAGAAGCCUAUUGGGCCGGUGGACCCUUCAAAGUGCACCGCUGCAGGUACUGGUAUUGCGGGCGGAACAGCUUGUGCUCCGUCUUCUUUUGUGGUUGUGACCAAGGAUGCUGAUGAGAGGAAGGUUUCAACUGGGGGUGCACAAAUCAAUGUGAAAGUGACACCGGGGUUGGGUGUUGGAGGGUCCGACCAAGAAGGGAUUGUCAAGGAUAUGGGUGAUGGAACGUAUACUAUUUCUUAUGUUGUGCCCAAGAGAGGGAAUUAUAUGGUCAAUGUUGAAUGUAAUGGCAAGCCAAUCAUGGGUAGUCCGUUCCCUGUGUUUUUCAGUGCAGGUAAUAGUAGUGGAGGGCUGAUGGGUUUAGCUCCUGCAUCUUCAUUUCCAAAUCUGGUUAAUCAAACUAUGCCCAACAUGCCAAAUUACUCUGGGUCUGUUUCAGGGGCAUUCCCAGGAUUGUUGGGAAUGAUUCCAGGGAUUGUUGCUGGAGCUUCUGGGGGUGCUAUUUUGCCAGGAAUUGGGGCCUCACUAGGCGAAGUUUGUCGUGAUUACCUUAAUGGACGCUGUGUAAAAGUUGAUUGUAAGUUGAAUCACCCACCUCAUAAUUUGCUAAUGACUGCCUUAGCUGCGACAACCUCUAUGGGAACACUUAGCCAAGCUCCUAUGGCGCCUUCUGCCGCUGCAAUGGCAGCCGCUCAGGCAAUAGUUGCAGCCCAAGCCCUUCAAGCACAUGCAGCUCAGGUGCAAGCUCAGUCAGCUAAAGAUUCCACUGGUUCACCUGAAAAAGCUAGUAAGGAUGAUGCAUUGAAGAAAACUCUUCAAGUUAGCAAUCUUAGCCCACUUCUCACUGUGGAACAACUAAAACAACUCUUUGGCUUCUGUGGAACUGUUGUUGAAUGUACAAUCACUGAUUCUAAGCAUUUUGCUUAUAUAGAAUACUCAAAACCUGAAGAGGCAACUGCUGCUCUGGCAUUAAAUAACAUAGACGUUGGGGGGCGCCCUUUGAAUGUUGAAAUGGCAAAAUCACUUCCGCAGAAACCAUCUCUUGCAAAUUCUUCUCUUUCUUCAUCCUCUCUUCCUUUGAUGAUGCAGCAAGCUGUUGCAAUGCAACAGAUGCAAUUCCAGCAAGCACUGCUUAUGCAACAAACUAUGACUGCACAACAGGCUGCUAACAGAGCUGCAACCAUGAAAUCUGCCACAGAUUUAGCAGCAGCACGAGCUGCAGAAAUAAGUAAGAAAUUGAAAGCUGAUGGACUAGGAAGCGAAGAGAAGGAGACAAAACAGAAAUCCAGAUCACCUUCUCCCCCUCCUGGAAGAUCUCAAUCAAAGUCAAGAUCUCCUGUCAAUUACCGGAGAAGGAGGAGGUCUCGUUCCUACUCACCUGCCCGCCAUCCUAAGGGUCAUCGGUCCAGGUCACCAUUGAGGUUCCAUCAUCAUCUGAGCUAUGAAAGGGAGCGGCGGUCCUAUAGAGACAUUAGGGAACAUAGUGAUAGGUACAGAAGACGAGAAUCAGAUAGAUUACCUGAACAUCAUUUAUCUGUGUCAAGAAGAAACAGGAGUAGGAGCAUGAGCCCUCAUACAAGGAAAUCGCCUGUUUCUCCCAAACGUCACAGAGAAAGUUCACCGCAUAGAGGAAGGAAACCAUUCCGUGCUGGUUCGAGCUCUCCAAGUCAUCGCAGAGGAAGUAGGUCUUCUCCGAAGAUUGAUGAAAGCAAACUAAGAAACAGAAGGCGCUCGAGGUCAAGAUCUUCAGAUGAUAAGCUUCACUCCUUUAACAAAAAUGAAGAAAUCUUGCAUGGAAAGUCUAAACAUAGAGAGCGAAGGCGGUCCAGGUCAGUAUCUGUGGACGAGAAGCCUAACAGGAGGAUCCGAUCAUCCCCAAGAAGAGUGGAUGAAAGUAGAUCCAGUCGCAAGAGGCGGUCCAGGUCAAAAUCUGUGGAUGACAAGCACCGCUUGCCUGAAAAAUUGGAUGAAAACAGAAAUAAAAGGUCGAGGCAUGGUGAUAAAAGGCACUCUAGAUCAAGAUCUAUUGAAAAUAGGGAUCAAACUGAUGACAGAGAGGAUGAAAGCAAAAAUGAAAAGUCAAGACAUCAUGAUACUAAAAGGACCAGGUCUAAAUCUGUUGAAAGGAAACAUCGUUCUAAAGAUAAAUCAUGUGAAAUUAAAGAUAAGAAAUCAAAGCAUCGUGAUAGAAGGCGUUCGAGGUCUAUAUCAUUAGAAGGUAAGCAUGACAAAGGAGGCACUUCAUCCCAUAGAAAUUUGGAUGAGAGCAAUUUUGAACACAGGCAAUUCAGGUCAAAGUCCCCUGAGGGCAACCAUCACUCCAGUGAUAAAUAUGGAAGUAGAGAUGAAAGAUCAGAGCAUAAAGAGAAAACCCUGUCUAAAUCAAAAUCAGAUACUCAUAAGCAAUAUGAUGAGAGUGGGCCCUCCCCAAGAGAUUUCAAGCAUUAUGAAUCAAAAGGAUUAACACAGUCUGAUUCUGGAUCUGCAGAAGUUAAGCAUCAUUUGAGUGAUGAAGAAAAUGCUACUAGUGAAGAAAUUUUCAAAUUUCACGAAGAUGCCAUGCAGGAACCAAUUAUUAAUGUGAAAGACUCAACAAAUCAAAAUGAUAAUGGUAUCUUGAUUUCAGUAAAUGAAGACUACAAAUCAGAAGGGUCAACUGAAAAUGCAGUAGCUGAUGAUAACCCAGGGUGGAAGUGCGUGGAAGAAGUGGGAAGUGGAAAAUAUUAAUCAAACACUGUUUGGAGUGGUGGAUCUAAAUGAGUUCAAAGAUUCUACCUGGAUUUUGACAAUGCUAACAAUAUAGCUACGAGAUCUGUUAUUUCGUCUCGAUUCAGAAGUACUAAAAAGACAAGGAUAAUCAUAGUUUCCCUACUUAUAAAUGUGGAUCAGAGCAUCUGUGUCACCCAGACAAAUUCGAUUUCUCGUCACUAGAGUUAUAAUCUUAUCACAAAAGCAUUGCAGGGAUCAUGGUUUUGUCUGUUGCUGAAGAUUUCUGCACCUGUCAUUGAUUAUGGGAUACAAGCAUAUUCUAAUUAAGGAUUCUCAUUAAGUUUCCUGAACAAGUUCUUUAAAGGAAGACUGUUUCUUCUUAGUAGAAGCACAAUUCUCAGUGGAUGCUUCCUCUAUUUGAUUCGGUCCCCAGAAUAUUAUCUGUUGGCUUAUGAACAUCUUCGGUUGUUUAUUUCUUUUUGCAGGUUGAGUUGGAAAAAGAUCAGGUGUUGAAUCCCUCAGCUGUUGUUUAAGGUUUCAAGAAGUGUCUAUCACGCUUCUUUUACUGCUUGAUUGAUGUUAUUCACAUUGAAAUCUGUUGGAGCUUUGAGAUACAGUUUCGCUGGGUUGAUUUUCUCUUAUGUAAAUGAGAAAUUGUCAUGGUUAGGUAAAGCUUCUAUAUAAGGUCAACUGAACCUGGAUGUUGCUGCAAUGAGUUACAUCAUGUUGCGUUUGAGCAAAUUGGCUGAGUUACAGUUUUUACUUAAGUAAAUGCUGAAAAUGCAAAUGAUUUCAACAGGUAAUUCUUCGUGAAACUAUUGGAUUGUUUCCCUAUUUUUGUAGGAUCUUCAAUAACAUUCGUAUGUAUAGUUGCCCCUAUGUUAACUUAAUCUUGUCAGCCUCGUCCACACUUCAUUUAGUUUUUAUGUUGUCCUGUUCGCAUUGAUGUUUCCGUAUUUCACUUAUUACAAUUAUGUGUAGAUUGACUGGUUUUCAGUGUCAUAUUAAUGGUUUUGUAAUGAGUUUUUGUUGUAUUGAUUUGAUAUGAUGUCAAAGAAUAUAAAUUGUGGUUUUUGAAAAUAUGAGCUUUUGUUGAAGUGCUGGAGAACUUUUGGGUUUUUCCUUUCUUUUGAGGACGUAUGGGAUACUUUUUUACGGUGGUUGUGAAUCACAUCUGAAAGUUUUCUCCCCUUUUUUUACUCUCUUUUCCUCCCUCUUUUGUCCCCUUCUUUUUCUCGUUUUUCCUUUUUUUGGUUAGGUUAAGCAUUGGAUAUGAUGAUCUUUUGAGCAGCUGCAAAAUCUCUUCAACAGAUGAUUGUGUGAAGUUUGUUCAUGGAAGUUAUUUUUGUGUUUUAGUUUUAUUUUUUGGGUUAAAUUUCCUAGUAAUCGUUGUCUCUGCAUCAACUGGUCUAGUAAUGGCAGCUUGUCAAUUUUAUGCCUUUUCAAGUUGGCAAGUAGUGUUUGUUGUUAGUUCUGCAUAGUUUAAUAAAAGAAAAGUAAAUUAGAUUACGAGGUUGAGGGUUCAGAAAUGGCAGUACCUUUCUAGUUUAUUGUCUGUAUAUCUAGCUCUCAACCUUAUGGCCCCCCGACACUACAUUUCUAGUGCUUCGCUCAGGUAUGAUCGUUUACAAAUUGGGUGAAUGUGAA